AUGGCACCUAUUGGCACAGCUGGCUUUUUUCGUGCAACAAUGAUUCAUACAAUGAAUGCAUUACGUGAAAAUUCUGAUUUAUUACUUAGUACAAUGGAUGUAUUUAUUAAAGAACCAUUAAUGGAAUGGAUGGAACAUGCACUUAAAACAAGUAAACAAGUAGCACAAAGUGAAACAAAUAUACUUCAUUCGGAUGAUACUUAUGCAAAAGAUCGAAUUAACAGUGCACGAUUAGGAAAUCAAUAUUCAUAA